AUGGAGAGCGCGGCAGAUUAUUCGCCGCUUGUGCUUGAGGACCCCGACCUGCUCUGCACAAUCCUCGCGCAGCUCCCGGACGCGCACGCACUCGUUGCGGCGGCAGCGGUCGCACGGCUGUGGCGCGUUCAGGGCCGCGACGACCGCGUGUGGCGCGCCCUCUACCGCAAGGUCUGGGGUCCGCGGGUGGGGUCGGCGGAGCCGCCGCUGCGCGACGUCCGCGUGGGCUGUUUCGUCGAGCUCUCCGGGCUGACUGCGAGGCCAGACCUGAACGGUCGGGUGGCGCAGGUGUUGGACAAUGAGGCGGACGGGACGUGGAGAGUCAAACCCGUGAAUCUCGUCGCGUGGGAACGGUACCUUCGAGAUCAGAUCGAGGUGAUGACCCGCGCUUAUUCCCUCCCUCCCCUGUUUGGAGAGACCCUCAGCGCAGAAGACUACGCCGCCUCAACUCUUGACGAGGAAGCGCUCCACGUGCAGCCGCAGAAUUUGCACGGACAGUGGCGGCUUCGCUUCCGACGCCGCCACACUGGCUUCGAGUUUGUAAACCUGCUGGGCGGAUCGGGGCAGGUGCAGGUCGACGAACACGGCUUCUCGACGGCCGUCGGCCUACAGACCUUGACGUACAGACACCAUGGUCUCGUGCUGCGCGGCCGCCGCCCGCUCCAGUUUAUCGAGGACGAGCUCGCGUACUUUGAGGUCUCCACGAGCGCCUCUUCGGUCGGCGUCACGGUCGGCUCGGCGUACGAUGGACAGCGUGCACUGCACAUCGGCUGGCGGAGCACGGCGUACGGCUACCACAGCGAUGACGGCGCGAAGUGGCGCCACGACGCGGUCGCGGGCCCUCGCACGAACGGCGCGAUCAUGAACGGCGUCACCUUCGGUGAGCCCUUCGGGGGCCACCGCGGCUCAGCGGUCGACACGGUGGGCUGCGGGCUCGACCUACGCCGCCGCUCCGUCUUCUUCACAAAGAAUGGCAAGCUGCAGGGCACUGCCUUUGAGAACUGCUGCCUGUCCCGACUUUGCCCCCGACUUUACCCGACGGUGGCGCUGCACGAGGACGGUGACCGCUGCCGCUUCAACUUCGGAGCAGAGCCCUUCCUCUUCGACAUCGCUGCGUUUGCGGUGAGCGACGCGCGAACGGAGGUGGGAGGGCGCCCCGCGUUGGCUGGGCCGCGCUGCGCCAAGGCGGCGGAGUGCACUCUACAAGGUGCACGGGGAGGCCGCUGGCGCUUGGGCCGGAGCCCCGACCGCUUUCAAAGCUACUAG